AUGUUUGAAGACCGUGAUCCAUUCCGCUUCAGACAUAUGAUUCCUACAGAAGCUCUGCAAUUGCGAGCACUCACUACGUCAGAUGCUGAAACAAACUCCGUCUGUGAAAUUGUUCAUGUAAAGUCGGAAUCCGAAGGGAGACCAGAAAGGGCUUUUCAUUUAUGCAGCAGUUCUCCAGCGGAAAAGAAGGAGUUCCUGAGGGCAGUGCAUUCUAUCCUACGGGACAAGCAUAGGAGGCAGCUGCUGAAAACUGAAAGCUUACCAAAUUCCCAGCAGUAUGUCCCAUUUGGGGGGAAGAGGCUUUGUGCACUGAAGGGUGCUCGCCCUGCCAUGAAUAGAGCAGUCUCUGCUCCCAGUAGAUCUCUUGCCCGGAGAAGACGCCUCGUUAGGAACCGCUUCACCAUAGACUCAGACACGGUUUAUUCAACAAGCCCCGACAAAGAGUCUGAGCCUGAGGCUGAACCCAAACCACCUCAGCAGACAAACAAUAGCGGUGACACUGACCGCUGGGUGGAGGAGCAGUUUGACCUGGCCCAAUAUGAGGAGCAGGAAGACGUGAAAGAAACAGACAUUCUCAGCAGUGAUGAUGAGUACUGUGAGUCCAUCAAAGGUGGUUCCAUGGAGAAGGAUCUAAGCGACCAGCUCGAAGCCACUUCCCUCUCCAACAAUCCAUUGGAUAACAUCGUCCAAAACACUAUGAGCACUCAUGCUUCCCGUAUGACCCAGCUCAAGAAACAGACUGCCUUUUCUGGAAUGAACGGUAGCAUAGAGAGCACCACCGAAGAAGUCAUAUGGGUGAAACGGGAAGACUUUGUACCAGCCAGGAAACUAAACACAGAAAUCUGA